UCUCGAUCUCGACUCGGCCUUUGUGCUGCACAUGCGCAACCUCAUCCAGGCAAUGAAAAUACAAAGCCGUUGUCAGUGGUAGUGCGUGUGUUUGUGUUUAUUUGCUUUUCACAUUCAAGUGUAAAUUUCCUGUUUGUUGGCCAGGAAAAUGUCAUCAUAAAAUCGGAAAUGCACUCCUAAAUGGAAGUCUCUAAAUUUCUAUAUAUCCGCUGCACUUCGGAGCCAACGUUCAAUGACAGGCAAAUUGAAUUCAUAAAAUUUAUUGAUUUAAUUAACCAACACUCGGCCAUAAUUCGAGCAAACUUUUUCAAAUAAUACCAAUAAUACGAACUGUGUUGCGCGCCUUUUAGUAACGGUUUUUGGUACGCGGUUUUGAUGCCAAGCCAACAAUAGACGGAGCCAACAAAUCGAAGCCGCUUACAUUGAUUUAUAGCCCCGAGUGUAAAUAAUUCACACAAAAGCCAAUCGACGCCCCCUCCACCGCUCUGCACAUCAUGUGGCAACAGUAGCAGCGAAUCAGAAAUGUUUUCAUUGAUUCUCGGCUGCAUUUAGUUGCCUUCUGUGAUUGUUGGGAAGAUUUAUAGAAAUUUUGCUACAGCACUAAAUUUCUACAAGUUGUGAAAAAGCGGAUUAAGGAGCGCUCUUUAUUAUUUGCAACUUAUUUGGACUUCGCAGACACUUCGUGAUUCCCCCGACAUGGACACCGGAAGUGUGGUUAGUGAACCGAUUUCCGCGCAUCAUCGCGCCUUCGCCAAACAGAAAUCCGCCUCUAUGACCAUACUCAGUCCCAAUCCGAAGAGCUGCGCCAAGUACAGUCUACACCAGGACAGCAACGACACACAUCUGAGCAAUGGCGCCACCCCACACUGCGCCACCGUUGGCCGUAGACGCAAGGGAACAUCGCUGGGUGGCACUCUUUCAUCGCGGUCCACACGCAGCGAGUCCAAGGAGCUGCGAUCUGCUCUUCAGGAUCGUGAGGCUGUCAUACAGAACUUGCGCAUUCAAUUGUGUCUGGGCAAGCUGCCACGCCCCACCGGCCCGCCCCUGGACGAGUCUGAGAAACCAGCUGCUGAGCAAAAGCUAAAUCGAUUGAUGGCCGAAGCGGAGAACAAACGCAUCAAGAUUAAAAACUUGAAGAGUGCGCUUGAAAAACUUGAUAUAACAGACAACAUAGACAUACGCAUCCGCCAAGCGGAACUGGAGUAUGCGCUGGGACGCGAAGAACUGCAGAUGCUGUCGAUUGUGGAAGAAGCUCGCGCGUUGCAAGCGCGCCUGGAGAAAUCCAAGCCAGAGGCGCAGACGCUCUACAACAUCAUUAGCUCCGGAGUGACGCUAAGUCUGCAUGCAGUUCAUGCUACCACCGGCCGCUGGGCCGCUCAGCUGAAGCCCGAACAUCCGGGAUUCUUCGUAGAAUGGGCUCUUGAAGGCGAUGGUUUGUACAAGGGCGAUCGCAUACUGGAGAUCAAUGGGCGCCUCGUGACGUGCAAGACCAAAGAAGAGUUGCAGAAGCAUGUGGGGAACUCGGGCAAGUGCCAGAUGGUCGUGUUGCGUAAAAAGUCCAUUCCCAUACCACAGAAGCAAUUGGACCAGGAGAAGGAGAACAACAUGCGCUUGCAGCAUCGCAUAUCCUAUUUGGAGGAGCAAGUGCGCGAGCUGCAAACGAUGAAGGAGCAGCAGCAACAGCAACGACUACACGCUCCGCAGCAACUACAACAACAAUCGCAAGCAAACAGCGCUCAUGUGACCAGCAUAAGCAUAUCGUCACCGCCGUCAACGCCACCCGAGAAGCCGCAGAUCUUUCAGCGUGGAAAUUACAUCACCACCCUGGUGGGUGGCAAGCCCAUCGAGCUGUUGGGCGAGGAGCAGCAACAAAUGGGUCCUGGCAAAGCGACAAGUCCAAGCCACGUGACCAAGACGCUCAUCAAGGAAAACACGCACAUUGAUUUGCGCGAACGCACGCCCAACAUCUACUCCAUGCCCUCCAAGUCCCUGUCUGCCUCAAAGAUCUCCAUCAAUAGUGACUCCGCCUACAUACAGCAGGCUUACAAGCGUGAGAAAGAACGACAUCGCGACCGAGAGCGCGAGCGAGAACGCCAAGAGCGCCAAAGAGAAAGAACCAGCGCCCAGCAGCAGCUGCAUCGAGAUCACCUGAUAGGGACGCAUGCGCGCAGCGUCGAGCAUCUUAACCAAUACAAUGGACUGGAACGACGCCGGGACACGCCACGCAGCCGAAACAAUGAAGUGCAAACAUUGCGAGCACGCUUGCCCUCCGACAUGCGAAGUGUCAAGUCCCUGGAUUUCGAGAGCGAAAACGAAUCGAAGCCAUUACCGGAAGCGCCAACAGUGCGGCCCACUCCACCAAAGAAGCCACUGAGGCUAUCGCUCCAGCGUGCCCAGAGUCUGCAGACUGUGGAGCUGCAUCAAUGCAAUAGUGAUCUGGAGCGCAAGAGGCCCUUGAAACGCGUCCACAACAACAAGUCUACGAACGGCACGGGCAGCGAGGAGGGGUUGCUUAUCGAAAACUGCAGUCCGAUCCAAACGGCAUCCCUCGGAAGGCAUAAGCUUAUCUAACCACUGGAGUGCAAUUAGAGUUAGUUAGUUUUAGUUUUGGCCAAAUGGUAGCACCUCUCUCGCCAGAGUGGAUGCAGCUGUUUUCACAACAGGCGGACAUGUGCAAAAAUAUAAUUUCAAUUAGCACCUACUAUACUAUUUAUUUAAAAAUACUUCGUUCGUACAACAAAUUUUGGGUUGCAAUGUACUUGUACUUACAUCCACUUACAUAUGUACUAUAUAACCGAUCAGUUAAUAUAGCCGAGAAAAUACUGUUAACUACAUUUAAAAAGGUAUGCCAAUAAACUAUUAUCUCAGUUGAA